AUGUCAUCACCCCAAAAGCGCGUCAUCUCAGAACAAGAGGCCCGACAGCUGGCCGCUGCUGGCCCAAGACGACAACAACCACAACCACAGACGCCACAACCUGUGCGACGACCAAGGGCACCAAUCGAUAUCAGGCAGACCAAGAAGUAUAAAAGUCUUUAUAGAAAGUGGGUGUCGACAAUCGUCGCGCUUCCGAUUUUGUUUUACACUUCUUGGGAGUUGUAUCAGCGUGUAUACGCCGGAAAAACACAAAAGCAUCUUAUCGACAAGACUAAGCGUACUGUUAAAGACGAAAAGAGGAACGGUGUUUAA